AUGGCACCAUUCGAGGCUUUGUAUGGUAGGAAAUGUAGAAGCCCAUUAUGUUGGAACGAUAUAAGUAAAACAGUUAUACUUUGGCCUCAAUUGAUUGAAGAAACCGUGCAACAGGUUAAGAUGAUCCAAGGAAAGAUUAAGGCAGCCCAAGAUCGUCAGAAAAGUUAUGCUGAUCUGAAGCGUAGGGAAGAAGAAUAUGAAGUGGGCGAAAAAGUGCUUUUGAAAGUAUCACGAAUGAAGGGUGUGAUAAGGUUUGGAAAGAAAGGGAAGCUCAGUCCUAAGUUUAUAGGCCCAUAUGAGAUAUUGGAUAGAGUUGGAAAAGUGGCCUAUAGACUAGCCCUACCCACUGAAUUAAGCCGUGUUCAUAAUGUGUUCCAUAUAUCUCAGUUGAGACGGUAUAACCCAGAUAAAUCGCAUGUGUUGCAACCUGAAACAGUUCAAAUUGAUGAUAAAUUAUCUUAUGAAGAAAGGCCUAUUAAGAUUUUAGACAGUAAGGUUAGAAGUACUCGGAAUAAGGAUGUUAAUAAAUUUGUUAAGGUGCUCUGGUCUAAUCAUAAGUCCGAAGAAGCAACAUGGGAAGCACAAGCUGAGAUGCGAAAGAAAUAUUCAGAGUUGUUUGCAGAAGGUUAG